CACAUUCAGUUAUCUACAGCAACUCGUACGUGAUUUAACAAUCAGUGGAGCUACCAUGUCGGAUCAGAGCUAUAGAAAAUACGCGUUUGCUUUUGUGUUGCGCGCCUUGGCAGCUGCGAGUCUGCUCGUGGUGAUGAGCGCUAUAUAUCGGGACGAUGAUGAUCCCAGCUCGCAUUAUAUACAUCCCAGACGUGUCAUGCAAUAAGCCAGCCAGAGCUGUUCAACUAUAAUGUGUUAAUCUUAAGUUCUAAACAUUAUUAUUAUUAAUAUUAUUUACAAUACUUUCACCAGUGCUUAAGUGUUUUAUGUUCAAUAAACAAAUUACGCUGUAUUGAAAUUCCCCA